GUCAUAAUUUAAUUCAUCAAGUGGUUCUUAAGCAAUCAACAUGAUUUGUAACGCGAGUAAAUCUGUGCUUCUGUGUGCCGGGCGUAGCUUUGGAGGAAUCAUAAACAAAACUAUUCAACCCUUUCACAAAAGUUCUGUGACACACAAUCCAACCGCGCCAGUUCCUGCUCCGUCAUUGCCGCUUCCUAACAAUGUUGACGCCGCAGAGUCGACGCGCUUUUCUCCACAACGCUCGCGUGACAUUUCUGACAACAUAAUGGCCAUGUCAUAUGCGGCAAUUUCAAUGAUUGACAUUACUACGGAUAACAGUUUGACGGCUUCACAGGACAUGCAGUUGAGGUCCUCUUCCUUGCAAGAUCCUUAUGUGCAGUCGUACGAUUGCUUUGGCGCCGUCAGCUUGAAUGCGGUCAUGCAAAGCAAUGUGCCCACACCGUUUGGUGGCAUGCACAAAUUCUCGCAUCUGAAUAUGCCGGGUGGACAGUGGUCACAGGAAUACAAGUUUACUUCACAGAAUAUGCAGGACUCUCAUUAUCGAGCGCUGCGCGAGAGCACCCGUGCCGAUUGGGUUACCUAUGAUCAGAAUGCCAUUAUUACCAAAUGCAAGGAUUAACGAAAACGACCUCAUCGUUUUUGAUUAUUAUUUAUAAAUAUUAUAUUAUAUGCAUACUUAUUUAUAGCCACGCCAUAUCAUAAACAAAC